UUUUCGUUCGAACCUACAUUCAUUUUCCUGGUACUGGUCUGCAGAUUCCGAAUUUCCUGCGCUUGUGUACUGCUUCCACUCGGAGCUGUAAUGGCCUCUUUACUGGAGCCUAGCGCUGAAGCCAAUGGAAAACAGUUCAUUUGUGCGUUCUGCCAAAGGGAGUUCCGCCGGCUGGAGCACUUACAGCGGCAUACGAGGAGACAUACCAAUGAAAAGCCUUUUAGCUGUUCAUGUGGCCCACUCUUCUCGAGACGAGAUCUCCUCAGGCGACAUGAACGCAUCGAGCAUGGGUCUAUCGAGAAUUCGUCGCGGCAGUUAUAUACGCAAUUCACAGCAAAUUCAGUCAAGGCUUGCACAGAGAAUACGCGGACCAGCGCUAGUCAGCGAAGAGAGAUAUUGUUAGAAGGAGGUACAGCUCUUAGGUCGGACCUGACCUCGAGUCAACCGUAUCAUCUUCCGUCUCAAAUCAGAUGCACUCAGCACCGGCGGCGUCUUGCAGACUGGGAGCAGGUUGAUAGGGACGGAAGAGGAAAUGGGGCUGAGCAGAGUCUUCCAGGAGGGAUCUCGUCCGCUGAAAGUCCGAGUUACGCGGACCGCCCUGACGGGAUCCCAGUUGUUCAAGUUGCAACUCCAGGUUCAACAUCUACCCCCCACCAACUGCCUCAAGCUAGCUAUCAACACUCUGCUGUUCUUCCAGUUCCACAAAUAAUACUAGGUCAGUCGCGUUGUCGGCGUCAAAGGCUCUAAACUGACAUGCAGCCAUUCUCAUGGACAAGGUUCUCAGAUAGUCCCGUAUUUCGCCCAUCCGAUCAUUACAGACUGUCAAAGAAGCAGAUUAAUACAG